UGACAUCUGAAGCCAGCAGCUGCCAGGAAGGGCGGUAGGGAGGUUUUGCUUCCAUCAUUAUUUUUUGUAUCAGUAAAUAGCCAAGAGCUAUGAUACCCACCGAGGAGAGCUCGGGCCGGAAGCGGGCAAUAGAAGAGAAGCUCAAGCAGGAGGAGGAAACUUUAAAUUUUAUUAGAGAGAGUUUGGACAAAAGUGACCAGCUGACAAACAACAUGGUUUCCAUUCUGUCCUCUUUUGAGAGCCGUCUCAUGAAGUUGGAAAAUUCCAUCAUUCCAGUGCACAAGCAGACAGAGACCCUCCAGCGCCUACAGGAGAACGUGGAACGUACUUUGUCUUGCCUGGACCAUGUGAUCAGUUACUAUCAUGUUGCUACGGAGACAGAGAGAGUCAUCAGGGAAGGACCCUCUGGGCGACUUGAGGAAUAUCUGAACUGCAUUGCUAAAAUCCAGAAGGCUGUGGAGUAUUUCCAGGACAACAAUCCUGAUAGCCCGGAGCUGAACAGAGUGAAAUCCCUGUUUGAGAGAGGAAAAGAGUCAUUAGACACCGAGUUCCGGAGCCUCCUUCAAAGACACAGUAAACCGGUACCACCUAUCCUCAUCUUGGAUCUGAUUGGCUCUGAUGAGGAAAUUGAGGGACAGGAAGAUGGGGUUAUUGAGCAUCUCCCAGAGGGAAUCCUGCAGGAUGUGAUUCGUAUCUCACAGUGGCUGGUUGAGUAUGGAAGGAACCAAGAUUUUAUGACUGUUUACUACCAGAUACGCUCAAGCCAGCUGGACAGGUCUCUAAAAGGUCUAAAGGAGCACUUCCGAAAGAACAGCUCCUCCUCAGUUCCCUAUUCCCCUGCAGUGCAGAACAAGAGGAAGGACACCCCCACCAAGAAGCCAGUCAAAAGGCCAGUCUUCAUCCCAGGAACUAUCCGCAAGGCUCAGAAUCUCCUCAAACAAUACUCGCAGCACGGGCUGGAUGGGAAAAAGGGAGGGUCCGGCCUCGGAGUCUUAGAAGGUCAUGAACAGGACUCACGUGGCCGAUACCAUGGAGAGGCCAUGGGAGAUAAACACGGGCCGGCAUCUGGGAAGGAAGACAUGUUGGACCUGGAGAUUGACACCUACGUUUACUGCAUUAGCGCCUUUGUCCGCUUGGCACAGAGUGAAUACCUGCUCCUUAUGGACAUAAUUCCUGAGCAUCACCAAAAGAAGACAUUUGACUCUCUCAUCCAGGAAUCUUUGGAUAAUCUGAUUUUGGAGGGGGAGAAUAUUGUGUUGGCUGCCAAGAAAGCCAACUCCCGGCACGAUUUCACUUCUGUCCUAAGCAUCUUUCCCAUACUCCGCCACCUCAAGCUCACUAAACCUGACUUCGAUAAAGUUUUGCAGGGGACAGCAGCCAGCACCAAGAACAAACUACCCAACAUCAUAACCUCAAUAGAGACAACUGGAGCCAAAGCACUGGAAGACUUUGCAGAUAGUAUCAAGAAUGACCCUGAUAAGGAGAAUAGUAUGUCCAAAGAUGGGACUGUGCAUGAAUUGACCAGUAACGCUAUUCUGUUCUUACAGCAGCUACUGGAGUUUCAGGAGACAGCGGGGGCCAUGCUUGCUUCACAAGAGACCAGCUCCACCGCUAGUACUUACAGUACUGAGUUCAACCGCCGUCUACUCAGCACCUAUAUCUGUAAAGUUCUAGGAAACUUGCAGCUGAAGCUUCUGUCCAAGUCCAAGGUGUAUGAAGAUCUGGCUCUAGGGGCAAUCUUCCUGCACAACAACUACAAUUAUAUACUCAAGUCACUGGAAAAAUCAGAGCUAAUGCAGUUGGUGGCUGUUACUCUGAAGAAUCCAGGCAGACAAUACCAAGAGCUCAUCGAGCAGCAGAUUAAGAUCUAUAAGCACAGCUGGUUGCGCGUAACUGACCAUGUGUGUGUGCAAAACAUGCCUUUGUUGCAAGGACCCAAGUUGAAAGACAAGGAGCGCCAGAUGAUAAAAGAGCGGUUUAAGGGAUUUAAUGAUGGAUUAGAAGAGAUCUGUAAGAUCCAGAAAUCAUGGGCCAUCCCAGACAAGAGGCAGCGCGAGCACAUCCGGCAACAACAGAGGAGCUUUGUGCAGGAAGCAUAUGGAACAUUCUUACUUAAAUAUGGCACUGGUGUAAAUUUCACUAAGAACCCAGACAAAUACAUCAAAUACUCUGUUGAACAGGUUGGUGCUAUGAUUGACCGGCUAUUUGAUACAUCUGCGUGAUGCCAGCAUUCUAUUGGUGGAUAUAUUCUAUGAAUAUACCAGCAGCCUGACUGUAUAUAAAUCUAUAAUCUAACUCAAUAAAAUGAAUCACAUUCA